AUGGGGCCUCUGCGGGAGAGCAGCAAGCAGGAGCAGAGGACGCAGCUGGAAAAGGAGGUAUCCCGCAGCCGCAUCCCCCGCUUGGUCCUUCGGCCGCAGCAGAAGGUGUCUCCCGCUUCCGAAUCGCCCUUUUCGGAAGAGGAAAGCCGGGAAUUCAACCCCCCCAGUUCCUCCGCGGGCUCAGGCAGGACUGUCAGCAGCAACAGCUUCUGCUCAGAUGACACUGGCUGUCCUAGUAGCCAGUCAGUAUCUCCAGUUAAGACUCCUUCUGAUGCUGGAAACAGUCCAAUCAGUUUUUGCGCUGGUAGUGAUGGAGACUUCUCCAGGAAGAAAUUCAGUCCGGGGUCAAUGAGUGAAGGGAAUACGCAGCAGGCUCGAUAUAAGAAGGAGACAAAGACGAGCCUUGUAAAGCCUGGCAGUGAAGCUGAUUUUAGCUCUUCAAGCAGCACAGGCAGUAUUUCAGCACCUGAAGUCCAUAUGUCAGCUGCUGGAAGCAAGAGAUCUUUUUCUCGCAAUCGUGGUCCUUAUGGUCGGAAUAAUGGAUCCUUAUCCUACAAGUCUGGAGCCAGUCCACCUGCUUCACAUGGAAAGGACGCUUCAUCAACACUGUGCAAAAACCAUCUGAGUCCUGCUAACAUCCAUCAGAGUUACAGGGCUUCUUCAGCCAGCAGCAGCAACUCAGGCUCAUACAAAGGAAGUGACAGCAGUCCAGUGAUGAGGCGAUCAGGGAGAUACAAUUCUUGUGGUGACAAUCACAGCAUUAAGCCACAAAAUCCAGAGCAGUAUUUGACUCCUCUGCAGCAGAAAGAAGUGACAGUACGGCAUUUGAAAACCAAGCUGAAGGAAUCUGAAAGCAAACUUAAAGAAAGGGAAACAGAAAUAGAAGAGCUUAAAGCUCAGCUGGGACGGAUGAGGGAAGACUGGAUUGAAGAAGAGUGCAAUCGUGUGGAGGCAGAGCUGGCCUUAAAGGAAGCAAGAAGUGAAAUUAAACAACUCAAGCAGGUCAUUGAAAGCAUGAAAAACAGCUUGGCAGAGAAAGACAAAAAAAUUCAGAAAUACUUCAUAGACAUAAACAUUCAAAACAAGAAACUGGAAACUUUGCUGCAGAGCAUGGAGAUGGCUCAGAACCACUCUGUGAGGGAUGAGCAGUGCCUGGAGUACAUGAGCAACUCAGAGGGGAAGCUGUUAGCUUUGUGUGCCAACCUGCCAGACAGCCCCAUCACAGAGGACCAAGGUCUGGAGGAGGUGGCAGACGGUGAUCUGCUUCUUAGUGAGGACAGAGCUAACGGGACUGACUCAUCUGGAGAGAGUUUGACCACCACAACCUCUGAGUUGAGUGAUCCAGCUCCCUUCAGUGCUGCUGUAAAUAAAGAGAUGCUUGAAAUCUUUCUGGAUGGAAAACUAACUUACGGCCAGGAGGAAGAAAAAAGCAACAUGACAGUGGAACAGGCCAUCCAGACUGAUGUGGUGCCAUAUAGCUUAGAUGUGGAACAGCUCAUUCAAAACAUCUUCAGGGCUCAAGACACCUGUCCUCUAAGCCCACCUUCUUCACUGAAGGAAUUGGGUGAAUUUUCUCUUGGAAGCUUAAGUGAUUCUGGUAUCAUAGUGGACUUAACUCCAAGUGAUCCCAAUUCUGCCAUUCUUUUGUCUCCUAUGGAGUCUCCAUGCAGGAAGGUGGAGCACAGAGCCAAUGAAAACCGUUUCAUGAAAGAACUUGAUUUUACAGAAACUCACGAUGAUGAAGCCUUUGAGUAUGUUAAUACAGGAAUAAAGAGGAGAUACUGGAGCAGCAGUCUCCUCGGGGAUCUUCUGGCUGUAGCAGCCCCUGUUGUACCAACUAUUGUGUGGGCUUUGAGUACUCAGAGAGGAGGAACAGAUCCUAUUUACAAUAUUGGAGCUUUGCUUCGUGGUUGCUGCCUGGUGGCCCUGCACUCUUUACGCCGAACAUCCUUCGGUAUCAAAACCUAA